UUGGGAAGGCGAGCGAUUUCAUCAAGUUUAAUUACUUCGUUAUGGCAGAUUUUACAACGACGGAGAGAACGACUGAGCACUAUGUCUCCCACAACACUACCUCUGACUCGAACUCCACUGAAGAACGGAUGUGGGAGUCGGCCAUACCACCCGCCAUGCAGUUUGGAUUUGGAGUGAUUGGGAAUAUCAUCGCACUGGCUGUACUGGUGAUGUCCUCCAAGACACACAAAUGGCGGCCGUUUUACCGUCUGGUGGGGGGUCUGGCGGUGACGGACGGGGGUGGCAUUCUGCUGGUCUACCCCACCGUCAUGGUUCGGUAUGCUACCGACUUCACGUACCUGUUUCCAAAAGCCCUCUGUAAUUACAGCUCCUUUGUUUAUACCUUCACGUUAAUAUCAUCCGCCAUGAUUGUGUGCGCCAUGUCAUUAGACAGGUACGUCGCCAUACUACAUCCGUUUCUCUACGGCUCGGGUAAAAACGGGAGACGGGCCAACGUCACGCUGUGUAUCGUGUGGACAGCAGGCGCUGUCAUUUCCGGUCUUCAGCUGGUGGGACUGGGGUCAAGCUUUAACUAUUAUCCCAAAUCUUGGUGCUUUAUCAACUUCGUGGAAAUGAACACGUUAGACAGGGUGAACUCGUAUAUCUACUCCAUCACCGGGAUUCUGCUUCUACUAGUGACCCUGGGGAUCAACAUCACGGUGAUCGUCUCUGUCCUCAGAAACAUGAAGUCGGGCAUCAAGAGCUCCAAACGUCGCCAAAAGAACGACAUCUUCAUCAUCUCCUUUCUCCUUGUCAUCGUCCUAAUCUUCAGCUCCUGUUGGGCGCCGUUAAUGGUUGUUAUAUUUGCCCAUGCCUGUCGUAUGAUGACCACCAACGGUUCCCUGGAACUUCUUGUUCUCAGAUUGGCAGUGACCAACUCCAUUAUUGAUCCAUGGAUUUACAUUUUACUUCGGAAGGAGACGAUAGUAGGACUGCUCAGAGUAAAAACGGCGAUAUCAGGUCUAUGUUUCACUAAAAAGGAUCAACCAAGUCCUAAGACGGGAGCUGCAGAGGAAACUCGGUCAAAAUACACAGCUAAGGAGUCACGAGAUGCAUCAACUUCCCCAGAAAUUAUCGUCAAGUUCACUUGUCCUCACUCUCAAGUCUAUGACGGAAGUGAAGGAACCGACCCGGACCGUCCUGGAAUUGAUAAUCCCGCCUUCAAGGAUGACAGUAAAACAGAGGAAAUAGAGGAAACAUGAUUUGAUCGUCGAUAAUUUUGUUGCUUAUAUGCUUUUAUAAAAUACUUUUCUUACCAUAUUAUUGUAUAUUUACAUCUCCCAAGUAUUAUUACCUCUUUUUCUUACGGAAACCUAUAGUUAAUUCAUAGCUCUAUAGAAACAGCCAGACUGAAAUAUACACGCCCCGUUUAUCGAUUGGUCGAAAUCUACAGCGGCGGAAACUGACAAGAAACUGACAGGACUGAAAAUGACACGCCCUGUUUACUGAUUGGUCGAAACCUACAGCGACCUAAGAAAAAUCACGAACUGCACGAAAUACUCAUGUUAAUGUCAGACUCCAAGUCUGACAGAAGACGAUUUGGCUGUUUCUUUUAGCUAACGUACUU